ACCAGUUUAUGAUAAAAGUUUGUCAUUGCCCAGUGUUAACCUUGGGACUAGCUACUGGCCAGCAUCCACAAAACUUGUACAUUCAAACCCAGAACGUGGAUCUGCCCUAGCGGAUUUACCUGGUGGGUCAGGAAUCAAACAUUGGGGAGUGACAAAAGACUGUGUGGUAAUCUGAUGGUGAUAGAGUGGAAGAUUUGGUCAUCCAGUGCCUCCUGAAAUGAACACAGGCCUGCAGAGAUCAGGUUUUUCUGUGUCGCCAGGUUUAGUAGUGCCAGAUAAGCCUUUGGAACGAUUGUGAAUGAGCAGUUACCGGACAGGCAGACCGACAUUUUGUUGAGUUACAGCACUGUAAUGUUCCUCCAUCUACCUGUAUGAAUGUCCAUGUUAUUCAGAGAUCGACAGUUUGAGUAUAGUGUCUCCGGUGGGCUAAUCCCCUGUUCUAACCUGCACCGCCCAGCCGAUUGGUCCAGCUAUGGCUACAACACCUGUAAGAUUGAUGAGUCCAGCCACGACGGAGUGGACAACCACAGACAACAUCACCACAACCAAAGUUGCUCGGUCCAUUACUGAAAGUGAAGAUUUUGUUGUUUGGGUUUCAAUUUGUCUUGCGGGCACAGUUUUUGGUUUUUUUCUGGCCACAUGUAUUUAUUGCAAAGACCAACAUGCCUUGCCAGAAAACAAGAGAAAGAGGAAAGAGAAGACGGAGAAGGAAAAACGAGAACGUGAACAAAAGUUGGUUGAUGCAGUGAAAAGCCGAUCCAUCUCUGCGCCUGAAUUCCUUGCGGCCUUGAAAAAGAAGAAAAAAGACAAGUAUUUGAACAUUGAAGUCCGAGCCAUUGUACAGAAUCAGGAGGAAUAUGCUUGUACUGUUGCCUUCAAACCAGAGAAUGUAUCCCACAACAACCAUCCAGACAUCGUCACAUAUGAUCACAGCAGGGUUUCGCUGCAGUCGCUUCCAGAUGGCGUUGUCACAGAUUACAUCAAUGCCAGCUUUAUCGAGGGUUGUGGUGGCAUCCCAAAUGAAUACAUCGCUGCCCAAGGCCCAAACCACAAACACAAGGAAUCGGUGAUAGUAUUCUGGCAGAUGAUCUGGGAACAAGGUGUCCACUGCAUCGUUAUGACAUGCUCACUAUUUGAACACGCUGUGCAACAGUGUGCCAAAUACUGGGAGGACAUGUUUGGAAAGCUGAAGAAUGUGGUGUAUGGAGACGUAGAGAUCCAGCUAGAGGAUACAGAGUGCUUCAUGCAUAUGACUGUCAGAACGCUGUCUGUUCAGAAGAAGGGUCAUCCACCACGGACUGUCCGUCAGUUUGAGCUUUCUGGCUGGGGGGACCAGGACGAGCCUGAUGCCGGCCUCAUUGUGGAAUACAGACGCAGAAUUCGCCUCUUCACCGACUCCACAACAGGCCCCAUGCUCGUUCACGGCAGGUACGGUGGAGGUAGAACAGCGGUGUUCAUUGCUGUGGACUACUGCCUCAAACAGUUAGAAAUGGACAACUCUGUGGACAUCUACAGCACAGUUCUUCACCUCAGAAAGUUCAGAAAAAACAUGGUUCGCACUCUGGCCCAAUACAGGACAAUCUAUGAGACGGUGGGGUCUUUCAUCAACUCUGGCCACACAGUCAUCCCAUGUUCUCACUUGCCUGCUGUGGUACAGCGCCUCUCUAUCAAGGACCCCCGGGUAAACAUGACUGGCAUAGAACAAGAGUACAAGAAUCUGGAGAAGAUCAUCAAGAGGAUAGAGUUAGGAGAGUGUGCGGCUGGCCAUCAGGUACAGAACAGAAACAAAAGUAGAGACAUCAUGCUUCAGCCACCUGAGAGAUCACGACCUUGUCUUCAGACAGGAGAGAGUGUAGAGGACACGGAUUAUAUCAACGCUGUCUAUGUUGAUGGUUAUCAGACAGUGAACAGUUUUAUCGUUACCCAGUGGCCAUACAAAAACACAGUAAAGGACGUGUGGCGACUGUUGUAUGAUCAGCGUAUUGACACUCUUGUGGUGCUAAAUGAUGUCAAACAUUGUCGGUCUUAUCCAUCCUUUUGGCCCAAAAAAGUUGGUGGGUCAAGUGAGCAGAGGUUUGGCCCAAUUGGAGUUCGCUACAUCAACUGUAUCAAGUAUCCUCAUGUUGUCAUCAGAGUCUUCCAGAUUAGAAAGUUACCCAGGCAAAAAAUUACAAAAUCACGAGACGUGGGUAAUUUAAUCCAAAAUGCAGUGAAAUUAGCUGCAAUGAGCCCAAAAGGUAACUCCAACCCCAUCCAGUGGCGAUAUGUCAAGAUGUUUCAGAUUCGCUCUGAUUCAUGGCCAUCAAAGGAAAAGGUUCCAUCUGCCAUAGACCCUUUGGUCUACCUGAUGAACUUUGUGGAAGAAUGGCAGGAAAACAACAGUGUUAUGAAGAGUCCCAUCUGCGUCAUGUCCAAAGAUGGAGUGAGCCGCUGUGGCCUGUACUGUGCACUAAGUGUAAACUGUAGUAAGCUUCAGAAAGAAGGCGAUGUGGAUGUCUACAACUCUGUCAGAAUGAUCAAAAGGAACCGACCACCUUUAGUCUCCUGUCCAGAGUAUUCCUACUGUUACAUGUUCCUGAGCCGGUUUGUGGAGCUGUUACAGGAGCACCCUCCCCAGAUCAUUGUAUCAGGAGCCAGUCAGGUGUACAUGAACUCUGCAUUUGAGGCCCCCGAAAUCGCCCAGGCUGAGGAGAAUGAGGGGACAGGGCUGUUGUCACGCCGCUCCAGUGCCGCUAGCUUUAGAACUGCUGUUGAAGACGCCAAUGAGUUGGCCAAAAUAUACUCUAGUAGUUCCCACGACAAAUAUUUCAUGGUGAGUGCCGAGACAGCUUCCGUUGUGAUAGAGGACGAAAGGGCGGAGCCUAUGGCUCCUCCCCCUACGAUUGUACCUUCAGAUGAUGAGGAAGAAGAGGAAUUUGUGCCCCCUGAAACCUCCAGUGUCCUGACUCAAACUGCUGCUCUUCCUCAUGCAACGUACGGUAAGGCCACGGAUCGCCAGGGUGCCAGUAGUUCUGCUUUGACCACCAGACCCCACCAAUACACAGCCACCCCCUACCCGCACGGCUCCUCCCUCCCUUCUCUUCUGCUUCCCACAGGCACACAGGGGCUGCUUGGCUCUAGGGGUGGGGAUGUUAACGGCAGUGGUAGCAAUCUGGGAAUAGCCCAGGGGACUGAUAAUGAGGAUACAGAUUCUGUGAUUACCAUGGUGAAGGGCAAGUCCCACGAGCCGUCAUUGGCCAGCUCCUACACCACGGCUGUGCCCCGAUUGGGUGCUGAUAGGACCAAACUUGGGGGAAGCCGAAUGUCAUUAGAGUCAGAAGAGGACUUGACAGACAGGGUGGAAAUGUCUAAACUGGUGGGCGUUAAGGCACCGCUUGCUGAUGAGGAGCCAGAUGAAAUCAUAACACCUUUCUGAAAAUACAUUCUAAACCGGGUUUUUAAAGCUAUGCAAAUGAUAGCGUACACCCAGGCCUUUCCGUGGUAAUGGGUAGCAGCACUCUUCUUGGCCCGUUAGUCAGCUGGGUUUUGUGACAUUUGUUGUUGGAAGCUUGUGGAGCUUUAACUGAGCUUUUCGAUUUUCUUCUCAUUCAAUCCUAUGGAUGUUUAUGGAUUUGAUAUAUUACCAGGAAAGUUUGGGACUAAUUCAAAAUGCACAUAAAUGCAGUAUUUAUACCUAUAUCCCAGUUAUGUCAUAAUAAGAGUUUGAAUGUCACAUCAAAUGUUAACAAUUUUGCAUGUAUUGCAUCCCAGAAUUCUAAGUUUCUGCACGAUCGCAAAGCCAUUACCAGCACCUAUUUUGAUUCAGGAAAAAGCACUUAGCCACAUUUACAAGAUGUGAUUUGUCAUUUCGACCUGUCAAAUCAAAAUAGAACAAGUCUUAUUUCAAAAACCACAUUCAGAUGAUGCCAUCUGUCGAAUACAUACAAUCACGUGGAAUUGUGCGUGUCCUAUUUGCAUUUGACGAGUUGAUUUUGACAGAUUUCCUCGACACUGGCUCCAUACGAAUGAGGCUUUACAAUGAUGCAUGUGACAAGAUCUAAUUCUGCUUGCUUUAAAAGUACGUAAAAGUAAUAUGCACUUAAACGUGAUUAAACUUUGGAUUAAUAUUUUUAUUUAUAUUUUAUUGAGUUUAUAUACCUUUCAUGAACAAAUGAUUAGAUUUAGUCUGGACCAUUUAGGAAUGUUCUCAGUACCUGUAAGUCAUAAGGUGGUAAGGUAUGUGAAGAGAUCAACAUCAGAUUGUCAUAACCACUGCUAACUCACCCUCCAAACAAUCACAGGCUUUUACUGAACGCAUCGCUUUGUAGUCCACAUGUAAGUGUCACAAAUUUGUUCUACUCAAUUUUCUGACUUUAUCACAAUUUUGUGAUUUUCUUGUUAAUUAAUCCCAUCGAUACUUUAUUCAAAUGUGAUUCUCAAAUUCCCUGUCUUUGUGUGAUUAAUAUAACAGUCUCUAUUUAUGGUGGUUUUUACACCAAAGUCGUAUCAUAAUUUGGUACCAAGGACAUUUCUGCCAGUGAAAAAACUUUUCCUGUAUGAUCAAUUCCAUCCCUGGGUGUUCUGCUACUUCUAGGCAGAAAAAACAUAUUAAUUGACCUUCAAAACCUCACUUUUAAUUUGAUUUAAGGACUAAAAAGGUUCAAAAAGAUACUGUUGAAUUGGAGUCGUACAAGGAUUACUUUGGAUUAAUCUUGGAUUUAUUCUACAGUUAUAACUGAAAUUAAUUCAAAUAAGUGGAGGAUAAGUAAAGUGCAUUUAUUCUCUAAAUUAAGAAAGCACAAGACCAAGUGCUUUUAACUGUCUCAUCAAGAAAAGACAUUUUCAAAAUGAUGUGGAACAAUUUAUGAAAGUCACAAUUUAAGGUUUGAUAAAUUUCCAUGCCAUAUUUUUCAGCUGAAAGAGAAAUCAUCUUGUCAGUCCAAAUAAAACCAGGUGACAGAAAACACAGGCAGUGGUAGGAUCAGGGUUUGUUGUUCUCAGAGAAGUAUUUUUUUUGUCUAAAGAGAACAAAUUUUGUCUCGGCAUUUGGAUUGGACAAUCUUUUUGCUGUAUUUUUAUGCUUGUAAAUAUAUGCAUUCGUAUGUUGUGUACAUGUGUAUAUAUUUUUAUCCUUUGACUUCAUAUUAUGCACAAUCUAUGUCUCACCAAUUUUCAUUACUACUUUUGAGGUUUUUUAUAGUGACAUUUGCAAGUUUGAAACCAGAAGAGUUGAAUCUCUUGUUUUGUAUUCACAGAAUGUGAAAUUUAUGCUUUGAGAGAAAUAUUCAUCACGCAUACAUCCGCGAGAUUUGUUAUAAAAUACUGAAAGAACUAACUACUUUUUUUAACAUGAACUUACGGUGAAAAGGGAAGAUACUUCGUUUCUCAAGUCUUGUUGAAAAGAUUUAUUGAGAAAGCUGCAAGUUGUGAUUUUUCUCUACUGUUUCUUGAAAAAGAACAGUUUUUUGUAUAUACCAUUCACUGGGAUAGAAGGUCCCACUUGUGAAGAUAUGAUUUAUGAACAAAACAAGAUGACUGAUGAUUUGCAGUGACUGAGAAGCCAACUUAAAAUGACAUGCAUGUUCCGCCCGACUUGCUGAUCAUCAUAGUGAGAUUGGAGUGCAACGAACAAGUAAUAUCUGAAGAUGUGAAUGAAAACUGGGGCACAAUCAUUUGUGGACAAGAAAUAGUGCUAUGAUUUACACUGUAUUUUGGGGGUAAUACUUUUAGCUUGUGUGUCAAGUCAGAUUUUUGAUCAUUGUAGCACCAACCAAUCACAGUGAUUAGCACAUGGUUUAUUGUGACCAGGUGCAACUCAGUUUGACUUGUUCUAAUUUGUAUGUAUAUAUACUAUCUCAUCUUUUUUCACUUCUAGAGAUAUCGUCGCAACCAUAAAGGAAGGGAAUUGAUUAUGUGUAUAUAAGUUGAUAAAGUAUCUUUGUUAUGGAACUGUAAAGGGUAAUAAUAAGAGGUUAUUUCAUGUUUUUUUUUGUUUUGUUCUACUAUGGUGCUGAUCAAUGUUAUGCUCAAAAGGCAGAAGGUAAAAACUUUCCCUAUAUCAUCAUUCUCUCAAGCACAUGUCUACAGCCAACAACAUUUUCACAGCAUGAUUCAAGCUGGGUAACAACUUGCCUCUGGACAGUUUACUUUUUCCAUCCCAGCUAUAGAAAUUUUUUGUUUUCAGUUCCUGUAUGAGAUUGCCAGUUACCUCCCUUGAAUGCAAUGACUUUGGCAAAGAGGGAGCCACUAGUGCUUCAAAGUCCACGGAUUUUUGCCACCUAAACAAGUCGGUUGAAAGCUGUGUAAAAACAUUCUCUGCCAUUAUGUUGUAGAACUACAGUCUUUGCUUUACGAGCAUAACUCUCUGAACAGUGAAGUAUUACAGAGGACAACAAAAGAAUACACUGCUUGGACUGACAUCUUUUGGGUGGAUUACAUUUCCAACUAUAGUAUUUCUGAAUUUUAAUGUGACUAGUGGAAACGGUAGCAAGGUUUUAUUUUUAUUGUGUACAAAUGCGAUUUCAUGAUUCUCAAAUUCUUCAUAUCACAAAUAAUUCAUAUAUAUUUGACACUUCAAUUGACCUAGGAGUUCGGAAGUAUGCAUAUACAAUAGUGUAGCUUCAAGUCUGCCUUCUCUUAUGCAUGCGUAUGCAUAUUGUAUUCUUUUCUGGUUGUCUAAAAAUAAUACACAGACACUAUUUCAUGACAUUGUUGGAUCAUUCAUGGAUAGAGGGAGUGGACUGGUUUUCUUGUUAUUUAUACACGUUAUAAAAUGUUGCAUUAAAUUACUAACUUAAACUAACAAUGUAUUUUCAUCAAUUUUGAAAGUUAACCAAUUGUGUACAAUUUUUGUCCCAACUAUGGCCUUGGGAAAAUGUGUACAAUUUAGCCCAAAGGAAGGUCUUGGGAAUAUAUCUAUAAAUUUAUCUUUGCCUAAAUUUUGGUCUGGUGGCAAGUGUGUAGGCACAUGUAUCAUUCCCUCACAAUGGAAGCAUGUGAGGUUAUGUACAGAUUUAUCUCUGCCUCGGCUUUGGUAUAGGUUCAGAAAUUUACCUCUGCCUCAACAUUAAAAUGUCUGCAAAGAUUUGUCUCUGCCUCGCCAUUGGGAUGUCUGCAAAGAUUUACCUUUGCCUAGGCACUGGAAUGUCUGUAAAGAUUGAUCUCUGACUAGGCAAUGGGAUGUUUAAAAAGAUUUGUCUUGGCAUUGGGAUGUCUGCAUCGAUAUAUCUCUGCGUCGUCAUUGGGAUGUCUGCAAAGAUAUAUCUCUGCAUCAGCAAUGGGAUGUCUGCAAAGAUUUACUUUGCCUCGGCAUUAGAAUGUCUGCAAAGAUUUAUCUCAGCUCCAGCACUGGAAUGUGUGCACAGAUUCAUCCUAAAGGUAGCUUUGAGUCAUCUAGGUUUCUUGGGUUAUGUGUACAGAUUUUGUCCCAGUAAUAGCCUUGGGAUAUGUGUACAGUGGUCUUGUGUUUGGGAACAAACCCAUAACAAGUUUGUACCAGUAACACUGGCAAACUGUGGCCAUCUCUUUACAUUGUCUUUCAAUACGAUACUUCCAACUUGGGACAGUUGUUGUUGUUGCCUUGCUUCCAUAAUUGGUCACAUUCCUCUUCUCUUUGGCUCAAUAUUUCACACAUCACAACAACGUUGUCUGUUGUUUUGUUAUAUUGUAUUUCAUGUUCUUUGGAAAGUGAUCUGUCCCUUUAUGUACCACUGUCUGUAACUACAGAAACACUCCCCGCUGGUAUUGUAGAACUGGCUGGGAGUAUCACUCCAACAUGAUGAUUGGCUGUAGAAUCUAAUUAUACAAAAAAAUACCAGCCACAUGUACGUUACUCCUGUUGGGGUUCCACUCUUACAGUCUACCAUCAAAAAAUAAUGACAAUUUUUGGACAAACGCACCGUCAAACCUAGUCAGACAAAUUCCCUAUGAAUUUUAUAAAUUAGAAUGAAAAUAUCAAAAAUCUAAGACUGAAUGCUAAAUCAUUUUUGGUGAUUAGACUUUAGAUUAGAGCUGAGCCUCCACUCCCUAGAGAAGUUCGAGCCUAUUUAACCAUGGGGUGUGUUCACUAUGAAGGUGCAGACAGUGUUACAGACUGGGAUGUUGUGUAUCAUCUCUGAUCUCAAUUUGUGGUCAAAAAUGUGUUGUAUUUUUAUAAAGUGAACUUUUACAUUAGGUUGAAAUAUUUUUGUAUAAAAUAAAAAAAAAUUGAUAAAUCAGGUUUUGUUGAACACAGUUGUUUUUGGGAGAUAUCCUCCUGUUGAAAAAUCACAAUAAAUAUAAACUACUAU